GCUUCCUUCGAUCUUAAUCCAUCUCUGUGAACACAAACGCGGAAGAACAAAACCAGAAAGUCCCCUCCGAGAUUUCCUUUUUUUUUUGUUUUUCUAUAUCCUUUUGAAAUUCAUCUUCUCCAUCGCCAAUCCAGAUUUCUCCAGCACGGAUUUUUAAAGUGAAUUUGCAAAUCGUGUCGACUGAGUGUAGAAGAGAUCGGAGUGGGUUUCUUCAUCGCGGGUGAUUCAAUUAACAUCCUCAAUCAUGAUGAAUCGGCUAUUUGGGAAACCCAAGCAGGAGUCAAAUGCUCUCCAGACAUUAGACAAGCUUAACGAGACUCUUGAGAUGCUAGAGAAAAAGGAGAAAGUACUCCUGAAGAAGGCUGGACAAGAGGUUGAGAAGGCAAAAGAAUACACCCGUGCAAAGAACAAACGCGCGGCUAUACAGUGUUUGAAAAGGAAGAGGUUAUAUGAGCAACAAGUUGAACAGCUUGGGAAUUUCCAGCUGCGUAUACAUGAUCAAAUGAUUAUGUUAGAAGGCGCAAAAGCAACAACCGAAACUGUAGAUGCAUUGAGGAGUGGAGCUUCUGCAAUGAAAGCAAUGCAGAAAGCAACAAAUAUCGAUGAUGUGGACAAGACCAUGGACGAGAUCAAUGAGCAGACCGAGAACAUGAAACAAAUCCAAGAAGCAUUGUCGACUCCAAUCGGAGCGGCGGCUGACUUCGAUGAGGAUGAGCUUGAAGCAGAGCUUGAGGAACUAGAAGGUGCAGAGCUUGAAGAGCAACUUCUUCAGCCGACAACAACCGCUCCAUUGCCUACAGUUCCGAUGCCUGCAGGGCGUCAACAAGCCCGUCCCGCUGCUCAGAAGCGGACCGCUGAGGAAGAAGAACUCGCUGCUUUACAGGCUGAGAUGGCCCUCUAAGCUUGGUUUUUUAACCGCAGGUUAUUUCACGUCCCUGAGCAGAUAUGUAUGCAUUGAUAAACAAGAACAGACGAUGUAUAUAAGGAUCCAAGUCAAAUUAAUUCGGAGCGAAUCUUUAAAUAAUCCUCGUUGUGGAUGUUAUCAACAUUUGAGUGUUGUUUUUAUAUUUUGUAUCUUUUGUGACACUUUUCUUUUGGUAAUCUGCUGGGUUACCACUUAGUACUUCAAUUACUACUCCUUUCAUCACUCUUUUUCAAUUA